GUAUAUAUACACACACUCCCUCUUCCCCGUGCUUCCUGUUCCAUCUCUCCCCAUUUCUCCGGCGACCGUGAACCGCCGGGAAUUUUACGAGGGCGAGCUAUACUUACGUCUAUACAUACGGAGAGAGGUAAGGAUAAGACAGAGAUGGGGGUCGAUUACUACAAUAUACUGAAGGUGAACCACAACGCGACAGAGGAGGAUCUGAAGAAAGCCUACAAGCGGCUAGCGAUGAUCUGGCAUCCCGAUAAAAACCCUUCGACGCGGCGGCCGGAGGCGGAGGCCAAGUUCAAGCUGAUCUCCGAGGCCUACGAUGUCCUAUCCGAUCUUCAGAAGCGCCAGAUCUACGAUCUCUACGGCGAGGAGGGCCUCAAAUCUGGCCAAUUCCCGCCAUCCACGGCAUCAUCGUCUUCAUCCGCCGCAGCGUCGUCUUCGUCGCGCGGGCCGCCGCACUUCAACGGUCGCCACCAGCAUCGGCCGCAUCCGCCGAGCCCGUCAUCGUUUCGUUUCAACCCUAGGGACGCGGAUGAUAUCUACGCCGAGUUCUUUGGAUCUGACGGCGGCGGCGGUGGAGGCGGAGGCGGGAGAGGAAACAGGGUUUUUAGGGAUGUGCAUUUUAAGAACGGUCACUUCGGCGGCGGUCAUUAUGGCGCGAACGGCUACGGGGGGGAGAUGAGGAAAGCCCCCGCCGUUGAGAAUCCAUUACUCUGUAGCUUGGAGGAUUUGUACAAGGGUGUUAAGAAGAAGAUGAAGAUCUCCAGAAAUGUCUAUGAUGCUUCUGGUAAGGUGAGAAGCGUCGAGGAGAUCUUGACUAUUGAAUUAAAGCCUGGUUGGAAGAAAGGCACAAAGAUCACCUUUCCCGAAAAAGGUAAUCAGGAGCCUGGAAUCAUGCCUGCAGAUCUCAUAUUCGUGGUGGGAGAGAAACACCAUCCUGUUUAUAAGAGGGACGGAAAUGAUCUCGUAGUCAACCAGGAGAUAACGCUACUUGAAGCCCUAACCGGUAAGACCCUUGAGCUCAUCACGCUUGACAGAAGGAAUCUCCUGAUCCCGCUUACUGAUAUCGUCAAGCCCGAUUCCGAGAUUGUUGUUCCAAACGAAGGAAUGCCCAUCUCCAAAGAACCCGGGAAAAAGGGUAAUUUGAGAGUGAAGUUCAGUGUGAGAUACCCAUCAAGGCUCACUCCAGAACAGAAAUCCGAGCUCAAGAGGGUUCUUGGCGGGGUUUCAUGACUCAUGACUCGAAUGUUGCAGCAAUAACUUAGCUUUGAACUCUAGGGAAAGAGUGUGAUGGUGAAUGUAGAUAGCAAUUUAAAGAGUUAGGUUCUGAUAUGGUAGGGAGUGAUUCUUCUAGGGAUCGGAUCAAAUCCGAGGUGGCUUCUUCUUCUUCUUCUCGGGUUUUUCCCCUUUGCUUGAUUUUCGGGUUUUGAUUUAACCAAAAGGUGAGAGACAAGAAGGAGCUUGUUGUUUGGUGUUUGUUUCUUUCAACCAGAUGCAGAAACACAAGCUUUGUAUUUGUUCAUUGGGGCCUUGGCAUUGUUGUGUAAGUACUCUAAGAUUGGCAUUAGAGUUCAUUUAAAAAUAUAAUUUUUUAUA